CGGGGUGAACCGGCGGUGAGCGGCGCGGGCCGCCAUGGGGGGCUCGGCCAGCCUGCUGCCGCGGGAGGCGCUGGGCGAGUACCAGGAGCUGACGUUCCUGAGCAAGCAGGAGAUCCUGCUUGCCUACAAGAGGUUCAGUGAACUGCUGCCAAAGGACGAGAGGGAGAACGCCUGCUCCGCGCGCGUUCCCAAGAGCCGCAUCCUGACGCUGCCGGAGCUGCGGGCAAACCCUUUCCAGCACCGGAUCUGCCAUGUGUUCUCCACGUCGGAAGACGGGGAUGACAGCAUGUCCUUUGAAGACUUCCUCGAUAUGCUGAGUGCCUUCAGCGACGCUGCGACCUCAGACAUCAAAUCCCACUACGCCUUCCGCAUCUUUGACUUUGAUGACGAUGGGACCCUGGACAGAAAGGACCUGGAGAAGCUGGUGAACUGCCUGACGGGGCAAGGCGAGGAGUCCCGGCUGAGCAGCGCAGAGAUGGAGCAGCUCAUCCAAAACAUCCUGGAGGAGUCUGACAUUGACAAGGAUGGCACCAUCAACAUCUCCGAGUUCCAGCACGUCGUCUCCCGCUCCCCGGACUUCACCAGCUCCUUCAAGAUCGUCCUGUGAGCACCCUGCGGCUCUCCAGCAGAGCUGCUCCUCCUGCUCCUGCAGCUCCUCGUGCUCUCAGAUGUUUCCUCUCCCAGCAGCGGCACCCAG